AUGCCGGGUGGUUCCAGCUCGAAGAAGAGGAGCCGGAGGAGGCGCAAGCGCAAGCGGAAGCCGAACCCCGCGACGCAGCUCACCGACGACCUCCUCGUCGACAUCCUCUCGCGCGUGCCGUACAGGUCCCUCUGCCGCUUCCGUGCUGUACCGUCGCGGUACCUGUGCCUGCGAUGCGAGACAGCGAGAGGGCCAGAGGGGCAGGGCAUGCCGCUUGGCGCUUGGGGGCUUGGGGCCUUGGGCCUGGCCGCCUGCAGCCUGCCAUGUGCCAUCGAUUUGGCCUACUAUACACCUACAGGCCUGAGGAGGCUCCCCCAGACACUUGCCGGCUUCUUCCACCCAAUCCCCAUCGCCGCCCUUGACGACGGCGGCUCCUCGGACUCGGAAUCGACGCCGGUUCGCUACUACUUCACCAACGUGUCCGGGACCGGCCGCCCGCUCAUCGACCCUUCAUUCCCGUUCCUGCCCCGCCACGACCGGGACGUCGACCUGGAGGACAGCUGCAACGGCCUCCUCCUCUGCGUCAGCUUCACGGACACCGAGGAGGACGAGUUCGACGACCUCGACAGCUACCUCAGGGGAGAUUGCAUCUUGCAAAUAAUGAUGAUAUGGCCAGUGCAUUACUAA